UCAAAUCAAAUUAGCGUGUGUGUGUGCCAUUGUGAAAAUGCCGGAUUUAUUUUAGAAAUGAAUAACAUUUGAAUUGUUAUGAAGCAAACGUUACUGUAAUUUAUACCUAUAACAAUACUAUCAUAAUGUCUAAUCCAUCACUUUCAAGCUCGAGCAUAGCUGCUCAGAACCAGUUGGUGACAUGGCUGAACGAGGCGGGGCUGGCGGAGGGCGGGCGGCGCGCGGAGCUGCUGCGCAAGGCGGCGGAGGUGCUGCUGCACCAGCUGCCGGCGCUGCUGCCCGCUCACCUCGACCUCGUGCUGAGCCACGCAGCCGACAAGCACACCGACGUCAAGAAGGUGGUCAUUGGGUUCAUUGAGCAAAUCAGCUCGGUGUCGCCGGACCUGCUGCCGCGCUGCGUGGCGCUGCUGGGCGCGCUGGCGGGCGGUGGCGGCGCGGCGGCGGUGCAGAAGCGCGCCAUCCAGGCCGCCUCGCUGGUGUUCCGCAACGCGCUGCUGUGGCUGCCCGACGCCGCGCUCGACCGCCCCGCCGACGCCAAGCUAGUGUGGGACGAACUCACCAAGCUCAAGCUGGUGGUGCUGAACCUGGUGGACAACGACAACGAGGGCAUCCGCACGCACAGCGUGAAGUUCCUGGAGGAGGUGGUGCACCUGCAGACGCCCGCCGACCCCGGCGCCGCGCCCGCCGAGCGCCCGCCGCCGCUGCCCGCGUUGCCCGGCCUCGACCGCGCCGCGCUGCAGCAGGAGGCCGAACACAUCUUCCAGCUGCUGGUGAAGUUCCACAGCUCGGCACACAUCAGCGCCGUGAACCUGAUGGCGUGCACGGCGGCGCUGUGCGGGCUGGCCCGCGCGCGCGCCCGCCACGCGCCGCCCGCCGCCCGCGCGCUGGCCGCCCUGCUGCAGGACCUGCCGCCCACGCUGUCGCAGAGCCAAGUGAACUCAGUGCGCAAGCACCUGCGCGCGAGCGUGGCGGGCGUGGUGCGGGGCGGGGGCGGCGGCGCGGGGCGCGCGGGGUGUCUCCCCGCCUUCACGCGGCUGCUGGAGGCGGCGGGGGCGCCCCCCGCGGCCGCCGCGCCCGCGCGCCGCCGGGACAAGCGCCGCCGGGCCGGUGAGGGGCGCGGCGAGGCGGCCAAGCGGCUGCGCGCGGAGUCCCCGGCGCCCGGCGCGUCCAGCGACAGCAGCACCCCGCCCCCCGAGGCCCCCGCGCCCCCCGCGCCCCCCGCCUCCGCCGAGCAGCUGGCGGAGGCGCUGGGCGACGUGGAGCGCGUGGUGGCGCUGGUCAGCAGCUCGCUGCUCGCGCUGCCCGCCGCCAUGCCCGAGCACUUCGCGCGCGACUACCGGCCCGUGCGCGACGCCGGCUCGCCCGAGCAGCGCCUGCAGCUGGCGCGCCUGCUGCAGCGCCUCGUGGCCGGCGAGGAGGAGCCCCCGGCCCCCGUGCCCGCCCCCGUCCCCGCGCCCGUCCCUGCGCCCGCCAUGGUGCCGGCGCCCGUGCCCGCGCCGGUCCCCGCCCCCGUCCCCGCGCCCGCGCCCGCGCCCUCGCUGUCCGAGCUGGCGGCGCGCCUGCCCGCGCCGGACGAGAAGCUGACGCUGAAGAACGCGGUGGCCAAGCUGCAGGAGACGGGGCGCGCGGAGGGGCGGCUGCUGGAGGAGGCGCGCGCCGAGCACCUGCGCGCCGAGGCGGCGGCGGUGGCGGCGGGGGGCGCGGGGGCCGCGGGGCCGGCGCCGCCCACGCCCAGCGUGCCGCGGCUGAAGGCGCGCGUGAAGCUGCUGCAGCUGGCGGAGCUGACGGCGCCGCUGGGUGGGGCGGCGCGCGCGGCGGCGGCGGCGGGCGCGGCGGGGCGGGUGCUGGCGGCGCGGGCGGGCGGCGCGGCGCGGCGGCGGCUGCUGGUGGCGCUGGCCGCGCGGCACGGGGUGCUGGCGCGGGACCUGCUGCUGCAGCACGUGGCGGAGGCGCCGGCGCAGCGCCUGCCGCUGGCGCAGGCCUGGCUGUACGAGGAGUACGCGCUGCUGCAGGGGUUCAGCCGCGGCGCGGGGGGCGCGGGGGCCGGCGGCGGGGGCGCGGGGGGACACUACGGCCGGCUGCUGUGCUCGCUGGCCACGCUGUACGACCUGCCCGACCCCGCGCUCGACCCGCACCGCGAACAGAUACUCAAGAAGAUCUACCUGGAGGCGCCGCUCAUCACGUCGGAGGCGCUGGAGUACCUGCGGCACCUGGCGGGGGGCGCGGGGGGCGGCGCGGGGGGCGCGCGGGCCGCGCUGGAGCUGCUGGAGGAGCUGGCGGCGCGCCGCCCCCCGCGCGCGCACAAGUACGCCGCCGUCAUACUCGCGCAACUGUUGAGUCGCGACGAGGAGGUGCGCGGGCUGGCGGCGGCGGCGGCGCGGCGGCUGCUGGGCGGCAGCGCGCCCGUGCGCCGCGCCGUGCUCAAGCACUGCUCGCUGAUAAUAGGGCAGCUGCCGCUGUCGCACGCGGGCGCGCUGGCGGAGGGCGCGGCGUGGAGCGAGCCGCUGUACCUCGCCGCGCUGCAGCCGCUGCGCCUGCUGCUGCCCCCCGCGCCCGAGUUGCUGCUGGAGAUCGGUCGCGUGUACGGCGCGUGCCCGCCGGACUGCAAGCGCCUCGUGCUGCGCAGCCUGGAGCCCGCGCUGCGCGAGCUGGCGGGGGCGGGGGCGGGGGCGGCGGCGGGGGCGGGGGGCGCGCUGCGCGUGCUGCUGGACGAGUGCCCGCGCGGCGCCGACACGCUCGUCAUCAAGGUGCUGCAGAUAUUGGUGGAUAAAGAGGGCGCGACUCCCGAGCUGGUGUCGCUGGCGCGGGGGCUGUUCGCGCGGCUCGGGGACGUGCGCGCGCUGCUGCCCGUGCUGCUGCAGCUCAGCAAGAGCGAGGUGUUGGCGGCGCUGCCCAAGCUGGUGUCGCUGCCGGGCGCGGCGGCGCGCGAGCAGCUGCUGCGCCUGCUGCACGAGCCCUCGCCCGUGUCCCCGGCGGAGCUGCUGCUGGCGCUGCACCUGGCGCCCGGCGGCGGCGGCGGCGCGGCGGAGCUCAAGCCCGUCAUCCGCGCCACCGCGCUCUGCUUCUCCGAGAGAGACAUCUUCACUGCGCAGGUGGUGGGCGGCGUGCUGCAGGAGCUGGCGGAGGAGGAGCCGGUGCCCGUGCUGCUGAUGCGCUCCGUGCUGCAGGCGCUGGCGCUGCACCCCGCGCUGCAGCCGCUCGUGCUGGCGCUGCUGCACGCGCUGCGCGACAAGCAGGUGUGGCGCAACAAGGUGGCGUGGGAGGGGUGGGUGAAGUGCGCGGCGCGGGUGGCGGGGGGCGGCGCGGCGCUGCUGCCCCUCCCCGGCCCCGCGCUGCGCGCCGCGCUGCAAGCCGAGCCCGCCUGCCGCGACCAGCUGCAGGCGCACGUGGCCCGGCUGCCGCGCGAGGAGGUGCCGGCCGCCGUGUGGGCCGAGCUGGCCGCCGCGCCCGUCGCGCCCGCAACCCACCCGGUGGAAGGCGGGUACGUGGGGGCCCCCGUGGAGCCGCUGCCGCCCGGCAUGGAGUGAGCGUGGGACGCCGCCCGGCAUGGAGUGAGCGUGGGACGCCGCCGCUGCAGCGCCCUACCACACUAAACACUUAGCUAAGUUAUCCCUUACUUAUUUUUACGGCCUGUAUUAUACCAGACUGUGGAAUUUAAAAGCAUAAAACGGUUAUCGACAUCAGAAGUAAGUUGCUAUCUGCCACCAAAGAAUGGUUGUGGUUGCGAAACCUAAUUGUAGGCGACCAAAAACAUCAUUUUUUUUACUAUUAAUCCAGAAAGCAAACCAAAAUACCUAUAGUGCCUCAUUACAGAUUUAUAAUAUACAUAAUUGAAAUGAUUAAUAAUAUACUGCCAUAAUAAUUCAAUUCACUACUAUACUAUUUACUUAAGUAAAUUAUAUUAUCUUAUGGUUUGUAUUUUUGUAUGUUGUCAUAUCUUGUGUAGUAAAAGAGGUAUAUAUUUUUCUUUCAUGAAGUAUUUAUUGCCAGACAGUAAUAAACAUACCGUAGUUUUAAUGUUUUUUUUUAAAUAUAAAUUAAUUGAACAUCUGUUUUAGUAUCUUUGACGAGAGGCAGCAAGUUAAUGAUAAAUAUUGUUUAGUUUACUUGUAAAUAAUAGAAUGAUAGUGUGUAAACUCACUAAAUAAAACUUUAUUUUAUAA